CAUUUGGGUAUAGCUCGCUAAAUAGAAUAGCCCAAACAAGAUGGCGUCGAUGAGAAGUAAUUCUUGCACGUCGAUGGAGAACAUCCCGUCUGCGCUGGCGCAGGCAGCCAUAGACGGAGAUGUGCGGACGGCGCUGCAGCUUCUCGAGGAUGGGCACGACCCAAACCAGCGGGACAGCCGGGGGCGCACCCCGCUUCACCUGGCAGCCUGCAGGGGUGCCGUGGACGUCAUGAGGGUCCUCGUGGAGUUCGGGGCAGAGUUGUCAGCUGUAGACCAGCAGGGGAACACGGCCAUGCACAUGUGUGGUCACGUGGACACAACACAGUUCCUCAUCGACUGUGGGCUGCAGAGUGACAUAUGUAACAGCCACGGGCUGACCCCCUACAUGCUGGCGGUGCGGAGGGGGGUGAAGAAGCAGGUGCUGCAGUUGUUGGAGAGGCAGCUGAGUCAGGACAGCAGGCAGCUGUACAUGCAGCCGCAGGAGGAGAAGCUACUGCUGGCUGCGUACUCCCCUGAGCGCAUCGAGACUCUGGAACACCUCCCGACCCACCCGUCCUCAUCACAGGGGCUCUGGAGGUCGGUUCUCCAUGACUGGGGCCAGUUUGUUGAGGAUGUGGGACAGAAGCGGCUGAUCUGUCUCCUGGUCGUCAUGGCGUGCCUCUCGCUCUUCGUGGCGUACAAGGUGACGGGGAUCGUCCCGCUCAUGGACACACGGGAGGAGAGAAUAGAGGGGCCGUGAGUCGGGGGGUGGUAGUAUAUUACCGGUAUCUUCCUUUGCAGACUUUGAAUCUCGGGCAAA